GAAGGAGACGGAACGGAAAUUACGGCAGCUCCUUUUCCCGAGGAAGCUAGAUAAACAAACAAAAGCAAGACAUUAUAAUACAUAUAUUUAAGCAUCUCCUGCGAUUUUGACCACUUUUUACGUAUAGAUAUGCUAACCACAAAUAAACCGAGCCACAGAAUAAGCUAGAGAAGGGCUAGCAUCCCGGGACGUUUUAAUGAUUUCUAGCAUCCUGCUAGCUGAACGAACUGGCAGGCUACGCAGCUAAGGUGUUAGCUCGACAUGUUUAUUUUAGCGCUUGGGCGAAGGAGCGCGACAUGAUGGCAUAAAACUUGCAGUGUUAUUAGCAAAUAGUCAUACUUCCCACCUAAAGGCUGUGAGAAACUGAUAACGUUUGCCUCGAGUUUCAACCGGAACUGCACUCCGUUAAAAUCUCCACACCAUCACCAUGGCGUGGGCUCUCAAACUGCCUCUCACGGAUGAAGUGAUUGAGUCCGGACUGGUCCAGGACUUUGAUGCCAGUCUGUCCGGCAUUGGCCAGGAACUCGGUGCGGGGGCGUACAGUAUGAGCGAUGUACUUGCCCUUCCCAUUUUCAAACAGGAGGAGUCCAACCUCCCACCGGACAGUGACAACAAGAUCCUACCCUUUCAGUAUGUUCUGUGUGCACCUACCUCGCCAGCCGUUAAACUGCAUGAUGAAACACUCACCUACCUCAACCAAGGGCAAUCCUAUGAAAUUAGAAUGCUUGACAAUCGGAAAAUUGGGGAACUUCCAGAAAUCACUGGCAAAAUGGUGAAGAGCAUAAUUCGUGUGGUGUUUCAUGACCGACGACUUCAAUACACAGAGCACCAGCAGCUGGAAGGCUGGCGCUGGAACAGGCCAGGGGAUCGCAUUCUCGACCUGGAUAUCCCGAUGUCAGUGGGGAUAAUUGACCCCAGGGCUAACCCCACUCAGCUUAACACGGUGGAGUUCCUUUGGGAUCCAUCAAAAAGAACCUCAGUUUUUAUCCAGGUUCACUGCAUUAGCACAGAAUUCACCAUGCGGAAGCAUGGCGGAGAAAAGGGUGUGCCUUUCCGCAUCCAGAUUGACACGUUUAAGGAGAAUGAGAAUGGAGAGUACACAGAACAUCUUCACUCUGCCUCCUGUCAGGUCAAAGUCUUCAAGCCUAAAGGUGCAGACAGAAAGCAGAAGACGGACAGGGAGAAGAUGGAGAAGAGGGCGCCACAGGAAAAGGAAAAGUACCAGCCUUCCUAUGAAACCACAAUCCUGACAGAGUGCUCUCCCUGGCCUGAGGUCACAUAUGUCAACAACUCCCCAUCUCCUGGCUUCAAUAGCACCCACAACAGCUUUCCAGUGGCUGAAGGAAACGGGUCACCAAACCACCAGCCUCCUGAGCCUGUUGUUCAGGUGGCAGAUAAUUUGUUACCAACAGCAACACCACAGGAUGCACAACAGUGGCUUCAUAGAAACCGCUUCUCCCCUUUCUGUCGACUCUUCACUAACUUCUCAGGGGUAGACCUGUUGAAGCUGACCAGGGAGGAUGUUAUUCAGAUCUGUGGGCCAGCUGAUGGUAUAAGACUCUUCAAUGCACUUAAAGGACGGGUGGUACGUCCAAGACUCACCAUCUAUGUUUGCCAGGAGUCUCAGCAGGCACGGGAACAGCAUCCGAAACAUGAAAAUGGAGAUGCUGCUGCCAGCGCUUUCUUUGUAUAUCACGCCAUUUACCUGGAGGAACUCACGGUUACAGAACUGACAGAGAAAAUUGCUCAUCUGUUCAGCAUCUCACCCAGGCAGAUCAAUCAGAUCUUUAAACAAGGCCCUACUGGCAUCCAUGUGCUGGUUAGUGAUGAGAUGAUUCAGAAUUUCCAAGAUGAAGUUUGUUUUGUUUUGGACACGAUGAAAGAUGACACAAGUGACGGCUACCACAUAAUCUUAAAGUGAAUCCCAGGCAGGAGAGUUGUUGAGUCCUUCUCUCUUGUUUAGUCCUGGUUCAGUCAGCCCCUCUAGAGCUUUGUACUUUUUGCUGUUCCUUUAUGGAGAUGGCCCCCCCCCCCCCCCCCC